AUGGAAUUGGACCAUCAUUAUUUGCAGAUAUUGAAAAUUUUGAAGAAUGGAAGUGUGAGAGGCCUUAGUGUUGUGGCCUUUGAGCUUGAAGUAGUCGGCUACACCAUUGCACUAGCGUAUUGUCUCCACCAAGGGCUUCCCUUUUCAGCUUUUGGGGAGUUGGCGUUUCUUUUGGUCCAAGCCAUAAUUUUAGUUGCCAUAAUCUACUAUUAUUCUCAACCUUUGGGUGCCUCAACAUGGAUCAGGGCAUUAAUAUAUUGUGCCGUAGCACCUACCAUCUUGGCUGGUCAAAUUGAUCCCAUUCUCUUUGAAGCACUAUAUGUUACUGAACUUUCCCCGGAAGAAGCUGAGAGUGUGACAGGUGGCUAUGGUAAAAGUAUUAGACAUGUGAUCAUUGGAUUAAAAACUGUGAAAGGAACCAAGCAAGUGGAGUUGGACCCAACCAUUUAUGAUGCCUUGAUCAAGGAGAAGAUACAUGGACAUCUUUGUUAUUGA